AUGAAUCAAGCUGUAGUUUCUACCAGUGCUCUUCCACCUUUAACAGCAACUCAAAUAACAACUUCAACAACUAAUGAUUCAAGAUUUGAAUAUAUUGAUGCUUUACCUGAUAAUACCGUACACCAAUUUAAAGCCAUCUUAGUUCACUAUAUUCGCAAAAGAUUACCAAAAGGAUAUAGGCAAUUAGGAAAACAAACAGUUUCUAUUCCCACUACUGAAAGUUCAUUAAAUCAAAUAUUAGCAAAUAUUCUAGAGAUGGAAGGUUGGGAGACUAAAUUUUACGAUCAACGGCAAUAUACUUAUGUUGUACUUUGUGAUGAUGACAAUAAUAUUGAAGAUAAGGACAAAAAUCCUAUUACAGCUGUAUUAACUUAUGAAACAAUUAAAAAAUUACGCAAACCAAAAUGCGUACAUGGUCAAUUAGUAGUAGAAUGA